AUGGGGAAGCCAGGCCCCGGUCCCGGCGCCGUUGACUCCGACGCCGGGAUGGACGCCAUCCAGCGGCGGCUCAUGUUUGAGGACGAGUGCAUUUUAGUGGAUGAACAAGACAAUGUCAUCGGCCACGAGUCCAAGUAUAACUGCCAUCUCAUGGAGAAGAUAGAAGCUGGAAAUGCCCUGCAUAGGGCUUUCAGUGUUUUCCUUUUCAACUCCAAAUAUGAGUUGCUACUGCAGCAAAGGUCUGCAACAAAAGUGACAUUUCCACUUGUCUGGACAAACACCUGCUGUAGCCAUCCUCUCUACCGUGAGUCAGAGUUGAUUGAGGAAAAUUAUGCAGGGGUGAGAAAUGCAGCCCAGCGCAAACUAUUUGAUGAACUGGGAAUAGUGGCUGAAGAAUUACCUGUUGACCAGUUCAUUCUGCUCAGGAGGAUGCUUUACAAGGCUCCUUCAGAUGGUAAAUGGGGCGAACACGAGUUGGAUUACCUCUUGUUCAUGGUUCAUGACGUGAAGCUCAACCCGAAUCCUGAAGAGGUGGCUGACGUCAAAUACAUGAACCGCGAUCAGCUGAAGGAGCUGCUCAGGAAAGCUGAUGCCGGGGAAGAUGGCGUUAAGCUGUCCCCUUGGUUCAGGCUGGUGGUGGACAACUUCCUGAUGGGCUGGUGGGAUCAUGUCGAGCAAGGGACUCUGCAGGGGUAG